GUGGCUGCUUGAGCACUUGGGCUAUAGCUUGUUCAAGGAUGCUUUUGAGGGUGCAGAGCAAGGCUGGUUCACCUGGACCGUUCAUGAGCUGAUGCUUCGCUUCUUUGCCACCUUCACCCAUUCCUCCUCUUCUGAGAACAGUGCCUCCCGAUCUGCUCGCCCUGCAUACGUGUUUGCGGUCCAGUUCCAGGCCAGUGGUGUCCAUGGCUGCUUUGAAUGUGGAUGCUCGUGGCACUGUGACAGUAUUUCAGAGCGAUGCAGGAAUGAGGGUCUGUCCUCCCCGACCAAGGAGACCUCACACCGUUGGUUUUGUGCUCAGGUGGACAAAUGUGUGCCAGGGAAUGUGCAGAAGGUGAAGAGCAAGCGCCGUGUUUUCACUGCGCUGCCCUCGUCCGGAGCCCUCUCGCCAGGACAGCGAUGCAACGUGCGAGUCAGGUUUUCACCCACAGAAGAGAAGUCCUAUGACAGCAUUCUGAAGAUUAACAUUUCCCAGAGCAGCCGGUCCCUCCAGCUGCAGGUCUCAGGGCAUGGGCUGGAGCCACAGCUGGAGUUCAGCCCCACAGUGCUUGAGCUGGGACCGUUGCUGCCAUGCAGCUGUGGGGUGGAGGGGACGGUGGUGGUGAAGAACCCGUGCAAUUUCCCCAUCGAGUUUUACUCUCUGGAGUUUGACCGGGAGUACCUCGAGGAGGAGCAGGUCGAGGUGCAGAUGUGUCCUUCCAGCAGGAGGUCAGUGUGGAGGCCGAGCACAGCCUGAAAGUGAGCCACUCCAUCUCCAAAGGCAAAGGCAGCCUGCGGCCCAUCAGAUCCCAUGUCCAGGGGUUAUCCAGUUCUCAUCACAUCUUUCCCUCUCUCUGCAUUCCUGCACCGCAACAGCUGAGCAUCAGUGGCGGCACAGCAGGAGAGAGGAGCUCUGUGAGCUGUGUGCUGCCUGAGGACUUGCUGGUGGCCAUCCUCUCUGAAAGGCUGCAGCUGAGUGACUGCUCCCAGGGAGUGGUGUUUGAUGGCCUGGAGACCCUCUUUGCACACAGCAUGGUGUCUGCUCUCCUCUGCCUGCUCAAAGCUGUGAGGAAUCGACCUCAUAUCUACUUUGUGAACCUGUACCAGGAUUAUGAUUCUUGGAAAG